ACGCGUUUCUGUUACGAAUGUGCAAUCAUCAUACGAAGAGACGUUCCUAAACCAUUAUCAUAUACGUAAUCCGGAGUCAUCCACAAAUUUUGUGAAACAAAGAACUUUUCAAUAUCUUUUAUUAACCUUGGCCUGGUCGUCAUAACAAUGAUUGAAAAAGAGUGAAGGCAAUAUGCGUGAAGUGAAAGCUAUUGCAUAAAACCCUCCAAUUUACAUAAACUAAAGGCUCUUGUUUAAUAAAAUUUCACCAGCAGUUCUGGUGUAUUUUACAGUCAUACAAUAGGUCAAGCAACGAUGUAAGAAGUAUCUUGAGAUGUAUUUGAUUUCCAUUGGUCCACUAAAUUGAAAACUGUGUUGAUCCUGUGUAUAACUCUGUACACAUUGUUUUGACAACUUAAACUUACCACAAUGAGUAACGAGCCACCAAGUUAUAGUCAGCCAUGUGUUACUACAUGGAUGGAAAAAAUGAAUAAAGGCAUACUGUCAGGUACUCAUUUUAAAGAACAUUGGAGAAUCUGGGUUCCAAAAAUAUAUAGUCCAAAGCUGACCAGGAAUUGUUUAGAAUGGAACUUUGAUGAAGAGGAAGCACAAAAAGUACUGUAUUACACGCUAGAAGAAUUUAUUUGCAAUGGAGACCCACAAACUGCUUUGAAACAUCUAAGUCAAAUAGAUAGCAAUAUAUGUGGUAAAGUAUUCGGGUCGGGAGAACCUACGUAUUCUUGCAGAGAAUGUGCUAAUGACAUAACUUGCGUUUGGUGCGUGGACUGUUUUAAGCAAUCGGUUCAUCGUCAUCAUAAAUAUAAAAUGGGCACAUCCAGCGGUGGAGGAUGUUGUGAUUGUGGAGACAUAGAAGCUUGGAAAAGAGAUCCAUUUUGUAAUUUACAUUUACCUGGAACGCAGAAUAAAGAAUCUCGUGGAAACAAGUUGCCUGGUGAUAUUGCAGAAAGAGCAGUAGUAACUUUUGAGGCAGUGUUAAGGUAUUGCUACGACAUGCUGUCUUUAGAACACUUAAGUGUACCCGCUGACUUGCAAGUCAAAGACAAAGAUAAUGAUCCUUUCUCUAUUUCGGACAAUUAUUGUACAGUCCUAUUUAAUGACGAGACACAUACAUUUGACCAUGUGAUCAAUACACUUACGCGUGUUAUGAAGUGCUCGCAGAGAGAUGCAUUAGAAUUUGUAACAAAUGUUGAUAGAGAAGGUAGAGCUGUCGUGCAGUGUUCUAGGUUUAAGGAUUGCGAAGAUUUGAAAUUCGAUAUUGAAAGAUAUACUUCGAGGCAGAGCAGCCGAGCACUAAAAGUCCUUGUGGUUCAUGAUCUUGUGAUUGCUCAUCAAACAUUUGCCAUGAAACUGUUGAAUUGGCUACAACAAUUUAUAAAUUUCUGUGAAGGUUUCAGAGUGCUUUUCAGUAAUGUUGCGCUGAAUACGAAAUUACCGGAUAUUUCCAUUGUGGACGGUAUACUUAUGAGAGAUUCGCAAUUGUGGAAGUCUGCUAGAACAGCAUGGCACAGAUUAUUUAUGUCUGGAAUGCUUACAGAGUAUGAGAGCAAGAAAGCAUUAGCGAUUGUCUUUACUCGUAAUUAUGGAUCUGUUAUGAAAGAUUUUAUAAGGGAUGAUCAUGAUCAUAUCUAUUCUAUUGUUUCACUGUCGGUGCAGUUAUUCACUGUUCCAACAUUGGCGCAUCACCUUAUUGCACAUCAUGAUGCGUUUUUUAUCUUGUUGAAUACAUUUACUUCUGAAAUUCUACGAAGAUGUAAUGCAGCAGGAAAGUUAGAGUUUGACAGAGAACCUCCACAUUCUACUUUUAGGAGAGCUCAACAUAUACUUUUUGAUUUACGGUACUUGCUGAAUAUUAAACCAGAUGUUUGGAAUGAUGAUCUGAGAAAUGCAUUCUUGCAAGGACUUCCACUUUUACUGACUUUAUUUUGUGGUAUGCAAUGCAUGGAUGCGGUGCUGAGACAAGUUGGUCAACAUAUGGAGUAUGAACCUGAAUGGGAAACUGCUUUUAAUUUACAUGUCAGACUAUCUCCAGUUAUUGGUCUCAUACUCGAAUGGUGUGGUUCAGAUCGAAUUGUUUUAAUAAAGUCUAUUAGAAUGGUUUUAAAAAAAUUAUACGAAGAACCAGGGCAUGAGUUUGGUCCGACUCAAGUGAGAGAAUUAGCAGAUCACAGUGCAACAUGUAUCCAAUAUGAUGUGUCGUCUGAACCGGUGUCUAUACACCUUCCGCUCUCCAGAUUUUUAGCUGGUCUUGUCUUGCACCUUGAAAAGCAUAAUUUGCAUUUCCAGUGCGAAGAAUUUAUUAAUCAAACGAAACCAACACCAGAACGGAUAAUAGAACCUGUGUUGGCCGCUCAAGUAAUGAUUUCACAGGUAUAUGCUGGUAUGUGGAGAAGAAAUGGAUAUUCCUUGGUGAAUCAAUUGUACUUCUACCAUAAUGUGAAAUGCCGCUCAGAAAUGUUAGACAGGGACAUUGUUUUGUUACAAGCUGGAGCAUCUUUAAUAGAAAGUAAUGAAUUCCUGAUUCACAUUUUGAAUAAAUACAAUCUUCUGCAUUGGGCGAACCCAGAUUUUGAAGCAAAUGCUUUAAAAAAUCUUGAAGAAGACAGCAUUAGACAGACUAUUAAUUUGGUUGAAGAAUUUUUAGGACUGCUGAUAACCAUAAUCGGAGAAAGAUAUGUACCUGGAGUUGGGCAAGUUACCGCCGAUGACCGUACAAAGAAAGAAAUAAUUCAACAAUUAUGUAUUAGACCGCUUUUUCAUUCAGAGAUUAAUAAAACAUUACCAGAUAAUCUACAUUUACAAAAUAGAAUGGAAAAGGUAAUUCAUGAAAUUGCAGAUUUCAAGAAGCCUUCGCAGUCAUCAGUUGGAAAGGGAGUGUAUCAACUGAAACCGGAAUUUUAUUCCGAUUAUAAUGUUUUCUUCUAUCAUUAUACAAAAGAGGAAUUAAGCAAAUCUGAAGAGGCACAGAGAAAACGAAAGCAAGCUUUGGGAGAAUUAGAAUGUUGUCCACCUCCUAAACUUCCUCUAUUAACAGAAGUGUUUAGCUUGUUAGCGAAUUUACUCCAAUGUGAUGUUAUGUUACAUAUUAUGAAAACUGUAUUGGAAAGAGCACUUAAUUUCAUGGCUCGCAGUUUCUCAGAGCCGCAAGUGCACAAAGUUUUACAUCUUAUUGGAUAUGCUCUCCAAGAACAAGAAUCUGGUUACUAUCCUUUUCUUGCUUUCCCCGCGAGAGCGGCAAAAUGGAACAUUUUUAAAUUGUUGGAAGAUUUACGUAACAGUCCACGUAUAGAAGCUCAUAAAGAUUUAUUGACAUGGGUUUUACUGAAGUAUAGAGAAGUUGCUGGUAAUACUGCGGAAAGUAGUAAUUCGGUAGUCCCGGUCGAUGUAGAAACUGCGAGUGAUACUGAGAGUAAAAAGAAUGACAAAGAGUGGAGAGCAAAUAUGGCAGCCCAGAAACGUGCGAAAAUAAUGGCCCAAAUGGCAGCUAUGCAGAAACAUUUUAUGAAGAAGAAUUCUGAGCUUUUUGAAGUAACUGCUUUAGACGCGAACAAGUCCAGUGAUCGAGAUUCUACUGUAGAUAUACGUGAAUGUUCCCCAAAAACACGCGUCGCCCUUGGUGUGGGACAAACAGCAAGAAUGUCUGAAGAGAAAACUUAUACUUGCAUUUUAUGCCAGGAAAGUCAAACUGUAACAGCGUCUGGUCCAGCAAUGGUAUUAGCCGCGUUUGUUCAACAGUCUACAGUAUUGUGUCAAUAUAGAGGCGAUUCACCCGAUGAACCUGAUCUAUUGUAUCUUUCUGCAAAAUUAGGCGCGUCACCACAUACCAGCACUUGUAGUCAUGUGAUGCAUAAAAAUUGUUGGCAGGAGUACUUUGAGAACGUCUUUAUUAAAGAGAAUAGAAGGCCUUUCCGCUUACGACAGCCUGCAAGUUUUGACGUGGAAAAAAAUGAGUACCUUUGUCCACUUUGCGAAUGUCUUAGUAAUACUGUCUUACCUCUCUUACCACCUUUAGGAAUAUUACAACCAACGUCUCAAAACCAACCUGAGCUUGAUUUUAGUACAUGGGUGGAAGGUUUAAGAGUAAUAGAAUCGAAUUUGGAAGAGUUUUACAUUCAUAAUUCGGAAUGUAUGCAUCGCGAAACUUCCCUGGAGCAGAGAUUGUAUUCAUGCCCUUUAAUGGCUACUGGCAUAAUCUUUAAUGAACUUGGAGAGUCAACGGCACAAGCCUUUCAAGCAAUCUACGAUGGACAUGGUCCAACUUUCUCCGAAAAUUUAAUAUUAAAGAUACAUCUUUUCGCUCAGGCAACAUAUACAAAGGGAUGUGGAAAAGAACUACAAGAAGUCAAUGAUUGGGUCCCAUUAUCAGUAUGGAAAUCAACAGCAUAUACUAUUCAUGCCAUAGAAUUUCUUCUACGCGAUAUGGAUAAGCCAUUAUUAGGUGCUCUAUCGUCUAGGCAAAGGGAUAGUAUUGAGGGUCUUGCUAGAAUUUCAGCUGUUCUGGGAUCUACGUGUGUGAUUAAUUCCGGUCCAAAUGUGUUAUGGGCGAAUAAAGAAAACAUUGCGAAUUAUGCUCUUUCCUAUUUAACGGCGUUAUUAAAUAACUCGGAUGAAUCAUCGAGUAUCUUAGAUUGGGAUUCAUUUGGAAUAUUCAUUCCAUUAAUCAAUUCAUUGCCAACUCUCUUCAAUACGAAAUUUGAUAGAUCACCACUAAUCAUUACAGGUGGAAUCGGUGAAUUUUACGCCUUGCAACUUAUAUUUCUGUCUCUAAUAGUGAAAAUAUUAUUGACAUCAGAUUUCAAUGAAGGAAUGGACGUGGAAAGUCAAGAAGUAACUCAAGAUACAUCCUCUGAAUCGAUCUUGAUGUUGAUUCAAGCCCUAGGCAUUAAUAUUGGCAUACAAUCAGUUUCUGAAAUAUGGAGACGAGUCAAGGAGGCUUCUAUGCCCUUCCUUAGAUGUUGUGCUCUUUACUUUCAUUAUAUAACUGAUGUUCCAGCUCCAGAGGAAUUAACUAAAAAGGGAGAAGCUACAUAUGAAAAUAUCUGUGCAUAUUUGGGAUUACCAACGACGUGUGAUGAAUUAGUGAAGCCAAAUUUAGAUGUUAUUAUGCAAUUGAUAAAUGUUUGGAAAAGUCAUCCUUCUGUUCAGGCACAUUUGACUGGUGCUGGUACAGUCGUAGUAUUAAGGGAACCUUUGAAAGUGAAUAAAUUGGUUGAGCUUCCAGAAGAUUAUAGUGAAAUGAUAAAUAUGACAUUAAAACACACAUGUGCCAAUAAUGAACGAGAGCAUUCUAAGAAUCCGACAAUGUGCCUGGUAUGUGGACGAAUGUUAUGUUCUCAAAGUUACUGUUGUCAAAAUGAAUUAAACAAGAUGACGGUUGGUGCGUGUACAUAUCACGCGAGUACAUGCGGCGCGGGAAUCGGGAUAUUUUUACGAAUACGGGAAUGUGAAAUUCUGUUCUUGAGAAGUCCAAAUCGAGGAUCGUUUGUUUGUCCACCUUACCUUGAUGAAUAUGGAGAAACCGAUGAAGGUUUACGAAGAGGAAAUCCGCUUCGCUUAUGUCAUGAAAAAUACAAAAAGUUGAAUCAACUGUGGCUGGGACAUGGACUACAUGAAUCCAUAUCAAGAGCUGUCGAAUCAUCAAAUAGUCUUAUGUCAACACGAUGGCAACAUCUAUAACCAUCUUAGGGUUUCCUAUGCAAUCUAGCCUGGACAUUUAGUUGAAAAUACUAAAUCUAUACUUAGCAUAAGCUACUAUAGCAGCUAAUAUUAUAACUGUUAAUUAAACUGUUUGAUCAUCGCAAAAAUCUGAUAAAAUUAUUUAUUUUGAGAAUA